UGUCCAAAGUGGUGACCCCGAAGAAGUGAACGCGUACAACAAGCUACAACAUGCCACCUGGCGAGGAAGAGCAAGGUGCUAGUGGAGCACCCACGAAUUACGUGCACAGCGGCGUCACACCGCCAAAACCAAUGCAGCACAUGACAGCUCAAAGCGAUACUGUUGACAGCCUCGCCAUGAGGGUGCCUGUUCCAACAUUACACGGACAUUCCAUCAACAACAUAGAGUCCUGGUUCACGCGACUAGAGGCGUACUUUUCAAUCAUCGGCUUCGGUAAAAUGAAUGCUGAUCAGCGUGACCAAGCCAAAUUCAAUAUUGCGGUUAUGCACAUGGAUGAAAGGCUCCAUGAACAGACUUUUGAAAUUAUCCGCAAUCCACCGGAGAAAUGCAAGUACGAUGCUCUACGACAAGCAAUUUUGGCCAGAUUCUCCACAUCACCCAUGGCAAGACUGGAGCAGCUAACAUCAGGAAUUCAGCUUGGUGACAACAAACCGAGUUUCCUAUUAACCCAGCUGCAACGAACCGAUGUAACACGAGACCAGCAACUCAUAAAGGACUUCUGGAUACAACGACUACCAGUCUCAGCACGCGCAGUCAUCGCUGGAGUUACAAAAGCAAAUCCUGAAAUGACGGUCGAACAGCUAGCAUCAAUCGCGGACGAAAUUGUUGAUGCCGUACGGGUCAAUAGCGUCGAUGCAGUGUCAUCAUACGAACCACAGUAUCCUAACCUCAAAAAACCACAAACAACGAGCUUGACUAGCAAUAAUGGAACUAGCUUGGAUGACCGUGUCAGUCAGAUGGAGCGCACUUUAGCUCGCAUUGAGAAAAAACUUUUAUCAACAAACCCAAACCGCAGCCGCUCGGUUACACGACGUCAAGACCACAGCUCUUCAAGUCACCGUAGCCAAUUUCAACAACGGAACAAUGAACAGCAGAUUUGCUGGUACCACAAGAAGUUUAACGCACAAGCCAAGAAGUGCAACAGCCCGUGCAAUACUGGGGCAGACGUGUCUUUACUUAAGGCCACACCACAAGACCGACUUCGGAAGUUUAACGCAUCGCCAAAACUAUACGCUGCUAAUCAGUCAACCAUCGAUACCUUUGGUCAAGUGAGGGUCAAGCUUGACCUGGGUCUUCGGCGCUCCUUUGAAUGGAUUUUCUUGGUAGCGGAUACGCCUUACAGCAUUAUUGGUGCAGAUUUUUUGCGACAUUUUAAUAUACUUAUCGACCUCAAAAAUGCCACAAUCAUUGAUAAAGAAACGAAUUUGAAAAGUUAUGCCGUCGCAACGGUAGACCUAUCAACACCAACCCCAAAACUUUUCGACAUUAACCACAAAUACGCUCAUAUUUUACGUAAUUUUCACGACGUCACACAUCUCUCCUCACCUUACGAUUUGCGAGCGGCAACAACCACUGUGACACAUUGUAUUGAAACUUCCGGCCCACCAGUUUUUGCUAAACCUCGGCGUCUGCCACCAGAAAAGUUUCGUGCGGUCAAAGACGAGUUUGAAUACUUGCUGAAAAUCGGCGUUCUUCGGCCGUCGAAGAGCGCUUACGCAUCGCCUAUUCACGUUGUUCGUAAAGCCAACAAUUCCUGGCGACCAUGUGGCGAUUAUCGCGCAUUAAAUGCACAAACGACUCCCGACAGGUACCCGCUGCCACUAAUUCAAGACUUAUCUUUAAGUCUCCAUAAAAAGAAGAUUUUCUCAAAAAUUGAUUUAACUCGCGGCUACCACCAGAUACCAAUGGAAGAGAAGGAUAUUUCAAAGACAGCCGUAACAACACCUUUCGGCCUCUUUGAAUACUUGCGCAUGCCGUUUGGUUUAAGAAACGCUGCGCAAACGUUCCAAAGGCAUAUGAACGAAGUUCUUAGCGGCCUGGACUACGCCUUCUGCUACUUGGACGAUAUUUGCAUUUCAUCAGAGACACCACAGAAACAUGAACAACAUCUUUGUAGAGUUCUGGAACGUUUACGAAAACACAACUUAAGCAUCAACAUUUCAAAAUGCGUUUUUGGCGCGUCCAACACACCAGCAGAUGCUUUAUCGCGGAUUAACGCUCUACACAUCAACGAUGAAAUCGACUACGAUGAAAUAGCACGCGAACAACAGCAUUGCCAGGAACUUCAGGCUAUCCUAGAUUCUAAUACAUCCUCUUUGCAAUUAAAAUCCGUGCAGCUACCAGACUCAGAAGCCACAAUCAUCUGUGAUUUUACAGGUUCAGUAGCACGACCUUAUGUGCCAUCGGCAUGUCAGUUGGUAUACGGAACAACUCUGAAGUUACCCGGCGAUUUCUUCGGGCAGACAAAAUACGUUCCGCAGUCAGAGUUCGUACAACAACUAAUAGAGAACAUGCACGACAUCCAGCCAACUGAUACAUCGCAUCACCACAAACAAAAACCGUUCAUUUAUCCAACUCUGGAGAAAGCAACUUAUGUUUUCGUGCGCAAUGACGCAGUGAAACCACCACUAACACCGGCAUACGAGGGGCCGUGCAAAGUAGAACUACGUAACAACAAGAU